GCGACUGAGGCAGUGGCAGGAGCCGGAUGCUCUAGGGCUUCGUGCGGCUCCAGCCUUCUUCCUCGCUUGUGCAGCGCCAUCUCGCCCCCGUUGGAGAGGGAGACCCCGCGGCGCUCUGCCCAAGAACUGACGUCUCAGCCUCGGGGCACCUCUGGAGAAAGCCAAGUGCUCACAGGUGAAGCCUGUGUCCCAGAGUGGGCGGUCCGCUUGCCGCCCGAUCGCACCUCUUGAGAACCUCGACCGCCGAGCCCUUUCCAGUGCCUGCAGGGCAGGGCGCGCGGGGAGAGUGGGGUCCACGGCAGGGUAGGGAGUGACCAGGACACCGGUGAUGGACGCACAGACCUGGCGCGUGGGCUGUCUCUGUCUCCUCCUUCUGGCUCUCUUUGGGUCUACCCGAAGCCACGGGGUGCAGAGCUGCGAAGAAGUUCGGAAACUUUUCCAGUGGCGCCUGGUGGGACCUGUCAAGGGGCUGCCGGAUUCGCCGCGGGCAGGACCUGAUCUUCAGGUUUGCAUAGCCAAAAAACCUACAUGUUGCACCAGGAAGAUGGAGGAGAGAUAUCAAAUCGCUGCCCGCCAAGACAUGCAGCAGGUGCUUCAAACAUCCAGCUCUACCCUAAAAUUUCUGAUAUCUCGAAAUGCAGCUGCCUUUCAAGAAACUCUUGAAACUCUCAUCAGACAAGCAGAAAACUACACCAGCAUACUUUUUUGCAACACCUACAGAAACAUGGCCUUAGAGGCUGCUGCUUCCAUCCAGGAGUUCUUUGCUGAUGUUGGGCUCUACUUAUUUGGUGCAGAUGUAAAUCCUGAAGAAUUUGUGAACAGAUUCUUUGACAGUCUUUUCCCUCUGGUCUACAAUCAUCUCAUUAACCCUGGUGUGAUGGACAGUUCUCUGGAAUAUUCCGAAUGCAUCCGGCUGGCCCGCCGGGACAUUGGUCCCUUUGGUAACAUUCCCCAAAGGGUCUUGGGGCAGAUGGGGCGCUCCCUGCUGCCCAGCCGCACGUUUCUGCAGGCGCUGAAUCUGGGCAUUGAAGUCAUCAAUACCACAGACCACCUGCACUUCACCAAAGAGUGCAGCAGAGCCCUCCUGAGGAUGCAGUACUGCCCGCACUGCCAAGGCCUGGCUCUCAGUAAGCCUUGCAUGGGGUACUGCCUCAAUGUUGUCCGAGGCUGCUUGGCACACAUGGCAGAGCUUAACCCACACUGGCACGUGUACAUCCGGUCAUUGGAAGAGCUAUCAGAUGCCAUGCAUGGAACCUAUGACAUUGAACAUGUGCUCCUGAACUUCCAUUUGCUCGUUAAUGAUGCUGUGAUGCAGGCUCACCUUGAUGGACAGAAGUUAGCGGAACAGGUAAAUAAGAUUUGCGGCCGUCCAAACAGAAUACCCACCCAAAGCCCCCGUUGUUCUUUUGAUGGCAGCAAAGAGAAGCAUGGAAUGAAGAUCUCUACAAGAAACGGUGAAGAGACACUUGCCAACAGAAGAAAAGAAUUUAUCAACAGCCUCCGCCUGUACAGGACGUUCUACGGUGGCCUGGCCGAUGAGCUCUGUGCUAACGAGUUAGCGGCUGGUGAUGGGGAGCCUUGCUGGAACGGAGAAGAUAUCGUGAAAAGCUAUACUCAACGUGUGGUUGGAAAUGGAAUCAAAGCCCAGUCUGGAAAUCCUGAAGUCAAAGUCAAAGGAAUUGAUCCUGUGAUAAAUCAGAUUAUUGAUAAACUGAAACAUGUUAUCCAGUUGUUACAGGGGAGGUCACCCAAACCCAGUAAGUGGGAACGUCACACGGGCAGUGGUGGUGGCGCGGCUGAGCAGGUCAGCGGGGACUGUGACGACGAAGAUGGUUGUGGGGGAUCCGGAAGCGGAGAAGUCAAGAGGACACUAAAAAUCACAGACUGGAUACCCGAUGAGAUGAACCUCAAUGAUGUAAAGCAGAUCCAUCCAACAGACGGUGGUAGCACUUUAGACACAACGGGAGCAGGAUGUACAGCAGCAACGGAAACUAUGGCAUUGACUCUGAUGGGUGUAGUGAUGUUACUUCCGAGGCUUUGGUAACGGAAUUCUUCUGCCCUGAUAUAUGUCUUAUUGGAAUCUUAAUUUCUCCCCACUCUUCCUCUGUGUGGAAUUAAAAAAUCUUUUCAAAUGUAGCAAUUAUAUUUAUGAAAAGGUGUGACACCCUAACUUCUUAGAAGCCAAGUUGGAAUGUUCACAAAGUAUCAAAAAAA